CGCUGGGUAGUUCUCAUGUAGCAUAAGUAAUACCAUUUUGUGGAAAUUUGGACAAACAAAUUUACUUUCCUUGAUAUUGAAUAUUUAAAAUAUUAAAGUUGAAGUGCACUCAAACACCAAAGAGCAGUGAAAAAAGCCUCUUGAGACUUUUGGCUACCGGAAGCGAUAGUCAGAGCAUGUUGUAAUGAGGCUGUUGCCCUAUUAAAGCGAUGCAAAAAAAGACGCAUGUGAAUUUUUACUAUGUAUUGUGAACGAUGAACCAGAUGAUAGUCUGUGUGCAAGCGAGAUAGCAAGUGCCAGAGUAGACACAAAAACUCGGAUUUUAGUGCGGGGCCCGAGCGCCCAUUCCGAACUACAUUGUAACUUGAGGCUCGCCCUCACUUUCCGCCCGUCAUCCGGAACAAGUCACCAACUCAGCAGCAGAUAACAGAAUUUUAAUUGAACGCUCAACAUGGCGGAGGUGGUAGAGGAGCUGCCCGCAGCAGCAGCCGCCUCCUAUGGGGACGAUGUCGCUGCUUCUGUUAUUGUUGAGCCUGUUGGCACAGGCCUGCCGGGCGGACUAGCCCUCACGGCCAACGGUACUGGCAGCAGAACCCUAACCCUGCCACCGGCAGCCAUGAAAUUCGCCGAUCUCACGGAGAGUGGCAGCGAAAGUGGCGACGGCGACGGCGACGGCGAUGGUAGUGCCAAUGCCAACGGCAACGGAGAGCCGGGCACCAGUGCAUCGGGCAGUGGACGCACAUCGCCGCCACCAAACUGUGCCAUCUGCUUGUCGCGCUGCAAGCGGAAAUGCUUCACCGACUCGUGCAUGCAUCAGUUUUGCUUCAAGUGUCUCUGCGAGUGGAGCAAGGUUAAAGCUGAGUGCCCGCUGUGCAAGCAGCCCUUCAAGACAAUCAUCCACAAUGUGCGCACCCUGGACGACUUUGACAGCUAUCCGGUACAGAACUCAUCGCCGCCCAUACCCGAUCAUCAUCCAGCGUUGCGUUUCCAAAUUGUGCGGCGACCCAGGUUCAUGCCGCUGGUGCAGAAUCAGUCGUCGAUGACGAAUGAUCUGGACGGCGCUGCGGCUGCGGGUGAUGCGUCGCAGGAUGGCCUGCCCACCGUUGAAACGGCAGGUGGGAUCCGACACGCGUACAACCGCUUCGAGCCGUACCGCAUGGAGUUGAUGAACUUCUAUCGCCACGACCAGGAUCCCGCCAUCUCGGGCAGCUCACUGAGCCAGCUCUGGCGACGUUAUGUCUACGAUCGCAAGCUCUAUGCCCUGCCAGUCAGUGACACUCUCACCGGCCACUUUCGCGAGUGGAGUGCUCGUUUCUACAGAAACAAUCCUGCCCAGAUGCAUCGACUGAUGCCGUGGAUACACCGCGACAUUGUGUGCCUGCUGAGGAAUGCUGCGCACAGUAUCAGGACCGUGAUGCAGCUGAUGCACGACAUUCUUCCCAUGACAAACAUACUGGGACCGACAUUCCGGCGCCGCUUGUCGCCGCACUUGGGCGCGCGCACCAGUCACUUCAUUCACGAGCUGUUCAACUUUGCCCGCUCCCCAUUCGAUAUGAUUGGCUACGACCAUGUGGUGCAGUACUCGGCCCGUGUGGCGGAGGAGGUGGAAGUGGAUCUGCUGGACAUGGUCGAGACACAGUCGUCAAACGAGAGCGACUUGCACUUGGAGGUCGGCGAUGGGGAGACGGCGAAUGCUGAGUCAUCCAACGAGUGGAAUGCCAACGCCAGCGAUCGUCCGUCCACCAGUGUGAUUGUGACCAAUCCCGGUGCCACACAUUCCUUCAGCGUGACCAUGGACAGCGAUGGCAGCGAGCUGCCAGGGAUCUCAGUGCGACGUGCCACCACCUCGACCGUCGGCUCCCAGACAGUGGCCAUCAACUUGAGCAUGCGGCGUCCGGCCAGCGACUCGGAAGUGAUCGAGAUCGAUGACGGCGAUGCUGCGGCCAAUGCCGAGGUGGCCGCCAUCACCGAUGGCAGCAGCUCAAACAGGCGACAGGCCGGCGCCAGCAUACCGAUUAGUGCCCACAUUGAGCUGGAGAGCAGCAGCAGCUCCAGCGGCGAUGAUGAGUGUGUCUUUGUGCUGGAGCUGAAGCCGCCGCAUUUGCGCACACCCGAACAGGUGACGCUCGACUCCAACAGCGAUUCGGACGUUGUGUUUGUGCACGAAGUGAAUGAGAGUCCGCCGGCCAGCCAUCGCCCAACGGCAGCCACAACAGACGCCGCAAAUACUGCGGAACAGAAUGAGGCUCAGACGGCCAACCAAGGCCUGUAUAUGGGUCCCAGCACAAGCGCUGCCGCCAGCAUAGGCAAGAACUGGAAGCAGUGCUACGACUACGCACGUCGUCAGGAUCUAUUACGCAUCGCUGGCUCCACACGCUUGAAACGCAACAGCCAUCCCAGUUUCGUUUCCUCAGUCAGCCAUAGCAGCAGUUCGAGCAGCAGCAGCAGCAGCAGCAGCAGUAGCAGCAGUACCACACUCUUCAAGUGGAGCUCCAGCAGCGAUGACAGCAGCGAAAGCAGCGGCAACAGCGAGGUUCCCUUGGCCACCACCAAAAGAAGACUUCGCAAGGCGCAGUCACGCAAGCGUUCAGCUGCACAGAAGCCCAAGAGACCAACACGAAAGCGCAGCAGGCGACAGGUCGAGCAGGCCACAGCACAGAGUCCUCCAAAGCAGGAGGACCAGGAGGACGAGGAAGAGAAGAAGCUGCCGGUGGCUGAGCGCGAACCCGAGCAAGCAAGCACCUCCGAUGGCAGUUCAAGCGAUGAUGAGUCGGGCGGCGGCAGCAGUGAAGCGAGUGUACCCAAAAAGAAGAGCAGCAGCGAGGACUCUGACGAUGGCAGCCCGGAAUUUAAUCUGCAGCUUAGCGCUCUGCGUGCUGCUUUGCGCUCAGAGGCAGUCUUGGAGGAUCGAAAGCCGCUCAAGCGGGAGUUGCAACUGCCCAAGGAGGAGCAGCCACAGCACUCACAGGCCCCACCACCGGGCGGUAGUAUGCAUCAGCAGUCAUUAGAGGAAACGCAGGCCGAGUGCAGUGCGCCGAAGCGUCGUCGCAGCUGCAGCAAUAGCAAUCUGUCCAGCCACAGUGCCAGCGUAGCCAGCAGCAGCACCACAACAGCCUCCUCCAGCUCGGCCCUGAGCUCGUUCAACUGGCGCGCAACGAGCUGUGCUAGUGAUCCUCUGGUGCGUGGCACCGCUGGCACUACCGAUGAGCACGACAUUGCCCACUCCCUGAUUGAGCUGUCCACACUGACGCAUGAGAGAAACGCUGCUGACGCUGCUGACGGUGCAGACGCCGACGUGGACGUGGAUGGUGGCGUCAGUGGAGGCCUGUUCAAUGAUCAGUCGAGUGGCGUCGAGGAGGCAAUUAUCUUUCUACGCCAUGCACUGCCAAACACUGCCAAUAGCCUGGAGGAGGAUGUGCAUAUGGGUUUGUACUCGGAUGUGGAUGCCGAAGGCAGCAAUCAAUAUCAAAUGGAGUCGGCCAUCGAUGUGGUUGGGGAACCGCUGGUGGAAGCCGAUGCAGAUGCAGAGACGGCAGAUGACACAGCCACAGCCACCGAAGAUCAAGAGGAGGAUGAGGAUGAAGAAGAUGAUGAGAAUGAAAAUGAAAAUGAAGAUGAGGAAGAGAACGAAGCUGAGGAUGAGGACGACGAUGAAGAUGAUGAGGAUAAUGACAACGACAAUGACAAUGACGACGACGAAGACGAAGAUAAUGAUAAUGAUAAUGAUAAUGAUGAAGAUUAGCUAGAGGAACAAUGCAUAAGCUCCAACCGUUUAUUACACUAAAAAAAACGCUGUUCAAAGAUUAUUGAUUGAUUGUCUUCUCCCUUAAUCUGGAUUCUUAAAUAUGUUGCCCUUGUCCCCCCCACUAUAAUAAUCUAUUAUUUAACUUGUAAUUUAAUUAAAUUGUUUAAUCCUAGGCCUAAGAUUGCCCAUUUAAAUUGUAAAUAUUCACAGCGCCCUUAUCAAUAUUCUACAUAUAUGUUUGUAGUUGGGCAAGAACUACCUAUAAGCAAAACAUUAUUAAAAUGUUCAACCCACACCCACAUAAGUACUAAUGUAUCCAGUGUACCCCAAAAGCGGAUGGAUUCUAUUGAAGCAUUGGCAGAGAGACCUAUCCAGCAUGCCCGUUAUUGUCCUCCCAUCCUUUCCCACUCAUGUUGUACAUUUAUUUAUUUAAGAUCAUCUAAAAAUUACCUAUUUAGCAUACACAAUAAUUCAAGUUCAUA